AGCACAUCGUGACGGAAACCCGGGACAAGAUUAUGCAGUACAAGAGCAAGAUGGUGGACGAGGCCGACCUGCGGCGGAGGCUGGCCAGUCUAGAGGAAUCUGUCGAACUCCAUGAACACAUGAAGAGACAGGUCACCAGACCAGCUGGGCCUAAUUGUGCUUGCAAACUAGCUCCAGAUGCAAAUGUCUGCCUCACAGUUGCUUUGAAUCGCUCUUAAGUUUGGAGGUUCUGCUCCAUGCCCGUGUGGGUCUUGCGGGUACCCCGGCUCCCCCCCACCCACCCCCCACAUUCCAACAAAACAUGCUUGUUAAUAGACUUUAUGCCGAUCUGAUCGGUGUGAUCGGUAUCGGCCGAUAAUUAGCAUUUUAUGCUGAUCGGAUUUCAUGUCAUAAUACGACGUCAUCGAUCGGCUCCACGCAAGACAUUUAACUCCGCGUCGCCGUUGGGUAUGAAUCCAAAAGCUAGUUUAUUUUUAGCCUUGUCACGUGCCUUGUGGCGCAGUACUGUAACUAUCUGACGGCCAAUAAAGAUUUUUUGAUCUUGUCGGUGACAAAAACACGUCAUCAGUGUAGGACUAUUUUGCGGUGUCUCAGACAAAUUUGCAGUCUGUGCACGACUGAAGUACGUCGCGGGUAACGUCAUCUAAAUGCUUCAAAACAACAACUUUGAUCGGGCACCUGAAGAAUGUACACGAGGAGGAGCGUGCCGCGUUCAAGCGACGCAGCGUGGGGGGGGGAAAAAGGAAACGCCAAACGGACACAAACUCUGCACAAUACCCGUCCAUGUACCCGGGACAGUGAGAAAGUUAGAGUAAGCAUGUCAUUAACAGUAUUUGUUAAAAUAAUUUAAUUACAGUAAGUUAGCACCCAUUAUUUCUGUCAUGUUGUAAUGUUGAUUUGACCUAAACUUAUGUCAGUGGCCAAUCCUUGAUUGCCCCCUGGAGGUCAUUGAUGUUUUAACUUUUGUCUAAAAUGCUAGAGAAUAAUUUUGAAGAUACAGUACUCAGUAUACAGUACACAAAUAUAUACAAUAAAUGAACAAGUCAUACAGUACACAAGUCUAUACAUGUCAAUGUGUCAUAUAAAUAGACACUUUGCUUCCUCUUGUGAUCAGAUCGGUGAUCGGUUAUCAUUUUUUUAAACUUGCUGAUCGGUGAUCAGCCCCAAAAAUCCGAAUCGUGUAAAGCCUACUUGUUAGUCAACACUCUAAUGCAGGGGUGUCAAACUGUUACGUUUUUCUGUUUGUUCAAACUCUUGAACAUUUCAGGGUUCUUUUCCCCAGUGGAAGAUUUCAGCUCCCCCAAAAGAUUUUCAAUUGGAUUGAGAGCAGGACUCAUUGCUGGCCAUUUGAAAAGGGUCCUUUUUUUCCUUUUCAACCAUUCCUGUGUGCUUUGGGUCUUUGUCAUGCUGGAAGACCCAUGGUUUUCUUACACUCGGUAAGACAUUUCGAUCUAAAAUCUUUUGAUCAUUUGUGAUCCAGUCAAGGCCCCCAGUAGCAGAUGUAGAAAAGCAGCCCCACAGCAUUAUAGAUCCUCCACCACGCUCAACUGUUGGCAGGGUGUUCUUUCCCUCAAAGGCUUCAUUGCGCCGUCUGUAAACAAACUGUUUGUAUGCAUUGCCAAAAAACUCUAUUUUUGCUUUAUCUGUCCAUAAAGUGUUGUCUACCAUUUGCUCUUUUGUAUCAAACGCACAGUUCUCUGUAGAAAAUCGUUGUUUCACUUGAUUGAUUUUCUUCAGGAGAUAUCCCAUAUUUAGUCCUGAAACUUCAUGGGUGCCAAUAAUGGCUCUCGCUGAGUUUGAGAUGUACAGACAAAGAAUGGAGGAUUCACAGCUCUGCACUGAAGCCCAACACACACAGCGAGUGGUUUCCAUGAGCAGAGAGGUGGAGGAGAUGCGUCGGGAUUUUGAGGAGAAGCUGCGGGCGUUCAGCCAGGCUCAGGCCCAGUUUGAGGCGGAUAAGCGGCGAGCGCUGGAGGAGCUGAGGUCCAACCACCGCCAGGAGGUGGAGGAACUCCUAAGCAGCCAGCACAACCGGAGCGCCACCUCCACCGAAGACCAGGAGAAAUUGGCUGAGCUCCAUAGACAAGAGGUGGAGUCUUUGAUGGAGAGCGUGGAAGAGCUGACCAAAGAUAAGGUCCGGGUGGUGGAGGAGUACGAGGCCAAGCUGGCCAAGGCUCAGGAGUACUACGAGCGGGAGCUGGAGGCCAUGACGAGGACGCACCAGCUCACCACCGAAAACCUCCUGGCCUGGAAGCGGACCGAGGUUGAGCUCCGGAAGGAAUUCCAGGCGCAGGAGGCGGCGCUGCAGCGAUCUCUGUCUAAGCUGAGGAGCGAGCUUCAGAGAGCUCAGGAGGAAGCGCGUGAGAACCGGGACAAGACCAACAGACUGCAGACAUCUCUGGUUAAUGCUGAAGGAACCAUCAAGAACCUGGACAAGCAGCUGGAGGAAGCCAUCCAGGACGGCGAGAUCUGGGUGAUGCAGCUGAAGGACACGGAAUAUGAACUGGAGGCCUGCAGGGAACGAGUACAGCAGCAGGCGACGGAGAUCCUCCACAAAGCGAGUCAGAUCGGAUCCCUGCAGGCCACACAGAUGGCCCACGAGGCAUCCAUCCGCAACCUGGACCAAGAACAGAGUCGGCUGAAGGAGAAGAUUGGCCGGCUGGAGCAGGAAAGGGAGGCCCUGCUGAACCAGAACCAGGUGGCCGGCGAGCAGCACAAACAGCAAGUGCUGAAACUAGAGCAGUCUCUGCGUGAAGAGCACCAGGGCUACGAGAAGGAGCUCUCCAGACUGAGAGCUCACUACGAGGAGGAGACGCGUCGCUACAAGGAGGCGCAGGGCAGAGCCAUGGAGGAGAUGGAGGAGAAACACCGAGCCGUCAGGGAGGAGGCGCAACAGGAGAAAGAGGAGGAGAAGAAGUUUCUAAUGAAGAAAAUCAGCCAAGAGUUUGAAAUCAAGCGUCUGUCUCUGGAGGAGCAACGAGACCGAGUGCAGCAGCAGCUGGACAACUUGAAAGAGGAGCUCUCUGCCAAGCUCAACAUGGCCAAUCAGGAGGUGUCCCACCUCCAGGAGUUAGUGAGGGAGAGGGACCAGAACGUGAGCUCGGCACAGAACCAGAUCACCUGCUUGAAGGAGACACAGGAGAAGCUGAAGAUAGAACUGGACGCCACCAGGGCCCGCGUUCGAGAAACCAGCAACCUGCUGACAGACCUGCAGGAGGAGAUUGAGACCCAGAAACAGCAACACGAGGCCCGCGUGAUGUCCAUCCGAACCGAGGAGAAGCAGAAGACGGACAAGAUGGCCGACAACUUGGAGCAAAAAUGGAGAGAAGCACUUCGUGAAGAAGUGCAUCUUCUGAGGGAGGAGCUGAGCGAGGAAUACGACGCCGACAAGCAGGCGGCGCUGACUCAGCUCUCCCAGCAGAAGGAGCUGGAAAUGAUGGCCGCCAGGGAGAGCUGGCAGAGGAAGGUGGAGGACCUGCUCGAACAGAUCUCGCUGUUGAAGCAGUCUCUGGAGCUGCAGCUGUCUCAGUCGCAGGCGGCCCUUCAGCAGCUGCAGUCUCAGUUCGGCCAGGAGAGGGAGCUGCUCGGCCAGCAGCUCAAAGAGAUGCAGAGAGAACAUCAGAGGAGAGAACAUCGGCUCCAAGAGGCCCACUGCUGCGCGCUGAGCACCAUGGAGGAGGCUCGGCAGCACCAGAUCCGGGCCCUGGAGGAACGUCUGAAGCAGGAGCACAGAGAGGAGGUUCACGCUCUCAAGGAGGCCCACAGGAGGACCUUGGACAUCCUCAGACAGCAGUCAGACCAGGAACUGCAGACGCUGCGAUUUGAACUUGAAGAUGAGGGCAAAGCCAAGCUCGCAUCCCUCCGUGCCGAGCUGAACCACCUCCACGCGACAGCUAUCGAGCAUCUGAAGCAGAUCCACCUGAAAGAAAACUCCACCGCCAAACGGGAGCUGGAGAAGGCCGUGGAGCAUAGCCGCCAACAGGAACAAGAGCUGCUGGUUCGUAUCUCGGACUUGCAGGCAGAGGUGUGUUCCCGUAGCAACCGUAUCACAGACCUGGAUCACGAGAUCCACUCUUUGAAUGAGACCAUCGACACCCUGACGCGAGAACUGGAGUUGAAGGGCAAAGAGGUGCUUCGGGUCCGCAGUGAAGCCAAUCAUCAGAUCAGGGCUCAUGAACAAGACUUUGCCAAGAGGCAAGAGAGGGAGCUGGGAGAGCUCAGUGUGGUCCAUCACAGGGAGACGCACAUCAUGUUGGCAGACUUCAACAAGGCUCAGGAGGUUCUCAAAGACAAGAUCACUGCUUUGCAAAUCAUACUGGAAGGCACAGAAGAGAAGUUGAGGAAUAGAGAGAGCCGACCUGAAGAUCUGCAUCUCAUCGCGGAGCUCCGUGAGAUGGUCUCAGAGAGGGAGGCUUUGGUCAAAAAGCUGGUGGAUGACAAAAAGUUUUACCAGUUGGACUUGGUCAACAGAGAGACGGGCUUCGGCAAAGUCUUCAACUCCAGCGCCAAUGUCGGGGUCAUCAACCCUCUUAUCAAGCCUUCAUGAGGCCAAGACGGCGCCGUCGCGGCACAAAGCGACGGAAACAGGAAAAAGCAAAGAUUCCGCUGCAAAAUAAGAGGAGCUGUUCGCUCACUACUUUUCGUGAUGGGCAAAAGCAAUUUUGUUUAACAGGGAUGCAAUGGGACGCACAGCUAAAUUUGGACAAGAAUUCAAUUCAGAGUAGCAGAAUUGUAACUGCGGUUUUCCUUGUCACAAAAGUGCAAGGUACAGGACCAGCUCGACCAUUAUGAAUAUUUCUCUUCCUUCUCUUGUUACAAAUUGAUGGAGAUGGUGCGUUUGAUGUAAACCAGGCAGGAAUGUUUUGAGCGACUGCGGUGGCCGUGGCCUCCUUUGACCACUUUUAGCUUGCCGUCUCAAUGCAUUGACUGUGCACUUUUGCUGCGAGCUCUGAGCUCGCCGUGAAGCACCUCAGCCGCCCGGGGACGACAAAGCGGCUUUUGACUGUUUUCGAUGCUCCGUCAUCAGACCGGAGACAUCUCGAGAAGCCGUUCGUGUUCAUUUUAUUUCUCUGGUGACACUCGUUUGCUAUGCGUCUCUGUCUGCACUCCAGACCGUUAGCGCAUGCGGAAACAGAAACAGAAACGCUCGCUCACUUGAAUUGUCUGUCGUCUUCUUUUGGUUUUGCAUUGUUCGCGUGAAUCUUUAUUUGUCAAUUGUGAAAGUCCAUUCUGUCCAUAGUUUUUCCAAGUGCACGAUCAUCUGGCUCGACAAAUUGUUUCAUUGUUAUUAGGGGAAGAAAAGUGAGUCACGAAGAAAGAACGAUGGUGCUGAAAUGAACACCGUUUGUAGUGUUCCUUCAUCGUUGUGCGUACAAACGAUCACACGGUGGCAGUGUGAGUUUCGGGGUGCCGAUUUGUGGUCCAUUUUCAGAUUGCAGGAAGCCCAUUGCCAUCAUUGCCAUCAUUGCCAUCAUUGCCCAGAUUGGUCGCGCUCCUCCUCUCACCCAAUGUCAUCGUAUCAAGUUUUCGUGUUUUAUGUUGCACUUGUUUUGCCAGCACCAGCAACUACAACCUCAUCUUCUAUCUUUUUGCACGUUCAAAAGUAAAUCACUGUACCUUUGAAGAGUGCGCUAGCUUGGUUGACGCAUUGAAAACUUGACUACAUUUGUUUGUUUAAUUCUUAAAGGACAGAAAUAGAUAUUCAUUGUAGCCCUAUUUCUGACAGUGUACAACUUCCAAGUGGCAGAUUUGUUUUGCUUUCUUCUCUAGCACAGUAGCAUCAAAGCUUCGAAGGAUGUGGAAGGCUUCUUCUAAGCUAGCAAACUAAAAAAAGAAAUAAAUAAAAAAUGGAUGUGAGAAUGUAUCUUUCCGGAUGCCACGGCGUCGUUUCGGACGUGAGCGAGUGUCAUCGUCAAUCUCUUCUUUUAGUCUGAAGAACAAAUAUACCGACGAUUGUACUGUAUUGUUUGGUACAGCCCGGCACCGAAGCACAGUCGGUUCGUUCCAUUUUGCACACUGUGAUGACUUUCGAGCUUCGGUUCCUCUGUAAUUCCUUUUCAUUUCCAUGUGGAUGGAAGGUUAAACACUUGUCGACUUGGUUCAUCGCAAGAAGCACUUCCGACAUUUUUGUACAUCUAACUCUAUGUGCUUGAAUGUUUUCAAAUGUUCACAAACUCCAAACAUAUGAGGAAGUUAGGAAAGAUGAUCUGAAUGGACUUUUAUGCCAUUUGUUUUCCAAAGGUUGCUUUUGCCCGAUUUCAUUUGCGUUAUGCGGAGUGCUGACAGGAUCCGUCAUCGUCUUCCGGCCGACAUCGACGACCUCGAAAAUUCCUUCACUUGAUUUAGCGGUGAGCAUCCGACCGCUGAUCAGGAGCGACCCCUGCCGCCGGUUUGUCGCCAGGCAACCACAAACUUUGAUUUGCGUGCUGUGAGCAAUGAACGUCUGCUUCGAUUCACUUUCGACUCCCUGUUGUCAAACUGCACAAAUGUGGUGAUUUUAGUCACUGUCGCUAUGAAAGCUGACGUUGGCGCUGACACGUCCGCCCAAGUUUGCAUGUGGAGCCCAGUUGAAAGUGGAUCUACCUUGUGACUUACUUUUGGUUGUCUUGACGUCAAUGUCUAACAAUGUUUAUAUCGAUAUCAUUUCUGUUGUAUGUUAUCAAACAGUAAAAGUAUCGUUGUGA